AUGGAAUUCCGUAUCCCCCGUUUCCGUGUCACCGAUAAGGCACACGUAGAUGUGCUCGAAUUGAAGAGCUCGCUACAGGUCUCUAUGGCAGAAAGUGCAUUUAGCCAAACAACUGUUGAGGCCUCCCCUGGCGGUUCCUUUUGUGGUGCCAGCGCGGGAGUCAAGGCAGGGUACAGUGAAAGUGCUUCGAGUAGCUCUGCUGCUUCCUUCCCUCGAGUUGAGAUAUACCUUGAUCAGGAAAGCCUCAAGGUGUCGGCCGAAUGCAAAGCGGACCUGGAUAUCCUACGUUCAAAGCGCACCAGGCAUGUUUUUGUUCCCCAGGUCCAACCUGGCGGCCGCCUCUACUCCAUUAAGAGCUCUCAGAGCUUUGGAUUAGCGAGCAAGAAACAGAAAUCUUCAAUGAUGAAGGCCUCCACAAGUGCGUCGUUCGCUGGUUUUGGAGCGAAAGCAGACUCCACCAUCUUGGUGUCCAACUGUCGCCGACUAUCAGAACUGGUGUUUGUCGCUUUUAAAGUUCGAAGCACACGCUGGGGUGAGAGUGGGCGAAAGCUGGCAGACAAAGCUGUGUACCAUUACCCGACUGCAUACGAGAGAUUCCCCAUCCUCAACUACCACGAAUCGAACGAACAACUAUUGUGUGUUCUUCAAGCUGCUGCUAAAAAGAGCGACGUUGCUUGGGAAGGUGGCAUCGCAAGGAUGAAAUAUGGAGUGUCCUAUCGCCCAUAUAUUUACGACAAGGGAGAUUUCUAUGGCAUUCGCCAGACCACUAAAGACGAUUACUUCGGUAGAGAAGGUGUGUUGUACGCUGGAAAGAAUGAACACUCAAACGUUACUUUCAAGGUCUGCUCAUUGUGUGGACAGGAGAUUCAUACCGACACGGUCGGCACUAAUCACAAUGUCAAGCUGGCAUUUUACAGCGCAAAUGACGAAAUGCUCAAGGAUAUCAAAGAUGAGGAUGAUAUAAUAUGCCUAUCUGGUGAACACCAACAUCCGAUGGAAUUUGUUUUGUGCUGCAUCUAA